GCAGUCCUCUUCCGCCAGGUAUUCGUUUGGUUGCACGUACGCGGACGCCGGAGACUUCAGGAUGCGUCACUACGCCGUCACACUCCUGCCACUUCUACUAAUGAGCACGUGCGGAGCGCAGCAGCUCCUGAAACUGGAAGAAUGCAAAGCUUCCGCAAAAGAAAGUAUUCCUGGCUUCAAGAACAUCACCCUUUCUCCUUGUGACAAGGAUCCGUGCGUGAUCAACAAAGGCGAGAAAUACAACGUCACCUUCUACGCGGAAGCGACUGACGAUGCAGACUACCUGAUGGUGUCGGAUUCGGAGCAGCAGCAAACCGAUACGAUCAACAUCCAGUCCGCGCGCUCGAUAAGCUGCUACUACAUCGAUGUUCCCUGUAACGUGACCAAGGGAGAGGUGUUCCGAGGUUCGGUGACUCUCCGAAUACUUGGCGCAUUCGCUCCGGGCAACCUCACCUACAAGCUUGGAGUAGGCCACGGCAAGAGAACUUUCGCAUGCGGAGUCUCCAAUCUGAUCGUGGAGUGACCAUGCUGAAGACAAGUUUCUCUUCAAAUAAAUAAAAAAAAAACGUGAAAUGACUUGGCCACAGUUACAGGAGGAGGCUGCUGCCCGAUUCUUUUUGUCUCAGGACGAUGCUUACGCCACUGCUUUCCUCCAUCAUGACGCGACGGCGGAAUCGACCAGAGACCAUCGCUUGAUACUAACGCUUGAUCGCCUUUAACAUCGCUUUUAAAUCCAGCCAGCUAUCGAAAAUUUUGAUACUGCAAAUUUAAUAAAGCAUGUGUGCACUCGCUUAUGAACGCUCACUUGAUGUGGCAAUGUCUGAAGAAAUAAACAUAGCAAAAUUUUAUUUACG